ACGGCGACGUUGGUUUAUGCCUUACAAAUAAUAAUAAUAUUUUCAAUUUCCCCUACUUGUCUCCGCAAAAUCGACGAAGAAGACGAUUACCAGAGUUUGUUUUAGGAUAUGGAAGCAGUGGGCAAACGGAAAUUUGAAGAGACCACCGUGUCGCAUGAUGUAGCUAGUAGCGGUUUUAUAUCGGAAGAAGAAUGGUCUGCUGCUGUAAAUAACGAUCCACCAUCUGGAUGGACUGACGAAGAUGAUGAUGAUGAUGAUGAUGAUGAUGAUGAUGUAGUUAGUAGCGGUUUUAUAUCGAAAGAAGAAUGGUCUGCCGCUGUAAAUAAUGAUCCACCAUCUGGAUGGACUGACGAAGAUGAUGAUGAUGUGGUCACGGAUUUGGAGCAAGAGUUAUAUCGCCAAAUUCGCGAAUCCGACGGAUUUGAUGUUGACAUACGUAUUCCGAGUAGUUUUCUUUAUGUGUACAAAUGUGCCAACAAUGAUGACUAUCGUGAUGCUGACAUUGUUGGCAUUUGUGCUAGAGUGGGACUCCAUUGGUACAACUUUCACAAGGGCUCAAACCUUGAGUUUAUGCACGUAGAUAAAUAUAACUCUAGAUUCUGUGCGCUUAUGACUUACCAUAUAACUGCGGAGGCUAUUGAUCCAGCCAACGAUUCACGUUUCACUUUCCAGACAUGUGCUACGAGAACUACAUGUAAGAACGAUGAAGACCUGAGGAUACUGACUGAAGUUUGUAGAAUAAAACCCAAGAUUCAAGGUACUGGAGACAUAUUAAAGCGAUGGAAUGACGAAGCAAUUGAUGAUAUCUACAAAGGCAAUCUACCUGAGUGGAUUUCGGAUGAUGCUUUGAUACCAUGCAGUGAGCAAGAUCAGUUUUAUGAGGUGCAAGAGUCAGAUAUCAAAGAACACAACUGGCUUAAUCUAUACACUGAAAUUGCGUCUUACUCGCUGUGGGAAGGAGACAUGAGGCUCGAGUCUUGUGUGCCGGUGCAGAUUAUGAAGGUCAUUGUAGAGACUCGUGAAGCUGUGGAGUCAAAGGAAAAGUUGAUGGCUGGGAAUGCGAUCUUCUACAUUAGUUUCAGAGUCUUGAAUGCUCCUCAUGGUCCACCUCAAGAUCACAGAGCCAUUGUAAGAAGAACUGUUGAUGGGAUUCCAGGACAUGUUUGUCUUGAGUUUAAGUGUUGGCUCAAGGAUCUGUGAGUCGUUCUAUUAACUUAGAAGUUUGGCCUGAGUAUGAUAUCUAUUAGGUACUGUUCUCUCAGUAUAGGUACUGUUCUCUCAGUAGUCAGUAUCUAUAAAUUUAUCUAAGAUGUUGGUUGCAAUGUAAUAAACUGAAGAUCUGAAUCCUUAAUAAUGAAAUUUAUUUGUUUGUUUUGCUGUUUCA